CAAUCAUCCCACACCCUCUUACUCAACUGCACAAACACAAACCCAUUUCACCCUCUUCCCAAUUUUGGUGGUCACGAAAAUCACAAGAUUAUCAAAAACCCACUCCACCAAUUUCCUAAUUUUGAAUUGAUUUCAAUUUUAAGAAAAAUGGAAUGCUACAAGCCGGACAAAGAGUUUACUGACAGAGGGCUGAUUUUACAUGUUGCCGGAUAUGAUGCUGGAAACUACCGUCCACCACACAUGGCAUGCCCUCCUCAACAAUAUUAUCCUCCCCUUCAAAAUUGUUAUCCUCCUCCGGCAUAUCCCCCACAGGGCUACCCUCCUGCUAAAUAUUCUUCUCCAUUUGGAUACCCAGCAGCCGGAUAUCCUCCUCCAUGUGGAUUACCGCCAGCCGAAUAUCCUCCUCCGGGUUCAUACCCAGAAGCCGGAUAUCCUCAUCCGGGUGUAUACCAAGCAGCCGGAUAUCCUCCUCCCGGCGGACACCCAGCAGUCGGAUAUCAUCCAUUUGGUGGACACCCAGCAGCCGGAUAUCCUCCUCCCGGCGGAUACCCAGCAGCCGGAUAUCCUCCUCCCGGUGGACACCCAACAGCCGGAUAUCCUCCUCCCGGCGGACACCCAGCAGCCGGAUAUCCUGCUCCCGGUGGAUACCCACCCGCACCAUAUCCUCUCCCUUGUGGAGGUUGGAAAGUUAAAGUUGAUUCAGGAGGUUACUAGGAGUUUCUAUUUUGUGAAGUGAGUAUCUAUAAAAGAGAUUAUAUAAUGUUUGAAUACAAGAGUGAUGGGAGACAAUAAAUUUUAAAUUCUUUUCAA